UGUGACCAUAUACGAAAGGAGACGAAGAUCUGUGGAAGUGCGGACAAUCUAUCAGGAGGAAUGGAUCACAUGUUUUCUCAAAUGGAGAUGAACUAAGGAAGAAGGCUCCAAAAGGGUGGAAAUAAACGAUGGUGAAGGUAUAAUUAGCUUUCACAGUGCUUAAAUGUUGAAUACGGGGAAAACCAGUUACCUGUGAUGGACGUGAGACAUACAAGCUUGCGGACUUUUAAUUCCAACGCAAGUUUCGGACCAAACGGAUGAAGAAGAACAAAGGGUAUAGAAGAUGGCAGAAGAGCAAAGAAAGAGGAACAAUGAGAUUUAUGGAAAGGGGAGCCACGAGCACAGCCAGUUUCCGUCAAAUUGUUGAAGAAUCGGCUGCAGAGGUUGAUUUAAUCGUUCAAUCACUCAAUAAGACCGACACAAGAAGUGGAAUGCCCCUUUAUCGCAUUUCACGCGCAAUUGAUGGCAAGGCUGGCUUGACAUUUUACCUUGAGGAAGAUGUCAUCUUCCUUGAACGCAAAUCAGAGCGGGGACAAUUCGAUCCAGUCUCGGUUGAAGACUUAAUCAUAAGCUGUACGUAGCGGUGUAGGCACAAUUGUGUAUUUAUAAGAAUAAUCAUGUAUACUACUAUCCCCAAUCAAC